AUCACUCGUCUUUCACGGCUAAUCCUCUGUUGCUCUGUGAGUGCAGUGGCGAUUGGUGAGAUGGCCGGAACCGGAGCCGGAGCCGGAGGUGGCGUUCCACAACUAUUUCGGGCGUUAGCUGUCGGCGCCUCAGUACUUGUCGGCGCUCUCUAUACCGUCGGAGCAGUCGCCGGUUCCAUUCACCGCCGUAAUUCCGCUCUAAAAAGAGAGAAACAUGGAAAACCCUGUGGGGUAUGCAAAGGAAGAGGCUAUUAUACCUGUAAGUUAUGCAAAGCAAAGGGUACAAUACAAUGGUCACCAUUGUAUGAUCCUUUGGUGAUUAACCCAUGUGUUUGUCCCACCUGUGAGGGAAACAAGGUUCAGAAAUGUCUGAACUGCUUGGGGUUCGGUCUUGUAUAGGAAAUGCAGCUGUUUGAGAAUAACAGAAUAAACGAGUAGAGACUUGUGAGAAAAUUUUGCGGGGAAAGGUGUGCGCAACGAUCUUCAUAGAGACUUCAUAUUCGACUGGAAUCAGGAGAAGUGCAAGAAAGGGGUGGCAAAAAAGGUACUCGCCAUAUAAUUUGAGGCUCGUUCAGAUAGCUUGAUCUUCAUAGAGACUUCAUAUUCGACUGGAAUCAGGAGAAGUGCAAGAAAGGGGUGGCAAAAAAGGUACUCGCCAUAUCAUUUGAGGCUGGUUCAGAUAGCUUUUGUGGUAGAGUUAUGAAUUUCACGGGACAUUAUCGUCAUGAGUUACUUUGAAGGUCCAAAUAGAAGUAGGUGGAGAGAUUACCGGACAUGCUCAAAAUAUUCUCUCUGUGCAUACAAGAAAGUGCAGAGGAUGAACCAAAUCUCUUUCAAACCCAAUUGCCUUGUGGUGUUGAGUCUUGUGAGUUGAUGCCUUUAGACUCGACUAGGGUAACAAAUCACUUUCUAUCUAAGUUAUACUUUUAUUUUCUUGGUUUAUUAUUCAUUGGUCAAUUUUGCUC